UUGACAGCUGGCUGACCCUUUAAACAAUUUGAUUCCCUUAAAUGUGUGUAAAGGACGUAAUACGAUUUUGUUUUGCUGUUUUUCAUUUAUACUUCAAGUGAUAAAAGCUCAUUGAUAAUCUGAUUAAAGAAAUGAACUUGUAUACUUAGGUAAAACGUGUUGUUUUUAGUCACGUUACAUGGCUGCGAUAUUCACAUCAUGGGGAAAUCAUAGUAUUAUAUACGUAUGAUAUAAUAUUUGUUAAAGUCGUGUGAAAUGAUUUCUAGUUGAGAUUUUAAGGUCAGAAUACAAAAAUGGGAUCUAUGCGACCAACAGGUCGUUUUCUCUCAUUCGCUAAUAACAUUCAGAGAACACAGAAACAGACUGUGCCGAGUGGAUUUCCUCAGAGCUUGUCCGGUAGUGAAACAGAUGUAUCAACAUCAAAUGAAAAUUUGUCCAGAGAAGAAAGGUAUGUCGUUAGACACACUGCUCGCGUAGAGCCACAAGGCCAAGAGAAUCAGAGUCAAUCAAACAACAAUAACAAUAAUAGGAAUUCCCUUAAGGAUAAUGUGUCAGGCAGCAAUCGAAAUUCACUGAAAGAUUCAGUGGGUGGUGGCAACAGCAACCGUAGUUCACUCGAUGUAUCAUCUUCCUCUUACAACACUCUUAUAAUACAUAACCAAGAUGACUCAUGGUCUUCACGACCAACACCUAUUCGAGAACACGAACGAACCACUAGUGAAGUUAAGCAUUCAAAUACCCAAUCAUCUCCGUACCACACAUUAAAAAAGUCAGAGAUGGGUAAGAAGCCCAGCGGUAUACCUCUACCUAAAAUGCAUAAAGAACAAACAGUAACGGCAAGUGCUAAUUAUAUAGACGUCGGAGGUCAGAGGAUUUACACUAGCCCACCAGAUCAUGGUGUACAGGAGAUAACCGAGAUACCAGAUGACUUCCUAAACCAGUCGUCUGUACUAAAGCACCUCGCUAAGGAGGUGGCGCAGUCUCCUCCUCCCGCCUCUCCGCGACCUCGCGCGCCCUCCAAGCCACGCGACGAACGGAAAGGGAAAUCAUCCAAGGCCAAGCUGAGCAAGGAGAAACUUAACCUGUCGCGGUCGCAGCCCGAUUUGACCAGCGUGGGCGUGCGCGCGGCGCCGGGCGGCUCGGAGUCCAGCGGCUGGUGCAGCGGCGGGGAGGGCUCGCUGGCGGAGCCCGACGACGCCUUCGCCGCCGUGCUGGACGCGCUGGCGGCGGAGAAUCACCAGCUCAAGCGCCAGCUGGCCGACGCCUGCGAGCGCGUCGCCAAGACCGACAAGUCUUUCCUGCUAUACAAGUUGGAGGAGGAGGUGGAAAAGGUGCGCUCGGCGCACGAAGAGCUGGUGGGCUCGUGCGAGCGCCGCGAGCGCCUCGAGCGCGCCGCGCGCGUGCGUCUGCAGGCCGACUGCCGCCGUCUGCACGACCUCAACCGCGCGCUCAAGCAGCAGGUGGAGCUGCUGUCCCAAGGCGUGCGCGCAGAGGGAGAUAGCAGCAGCGAGGCGCUGCGUAAGGAGCUGCAGAGUAGGGAAAUGCUGAUCGCGCAACUAAUUACGCAGAGCGCGUGCGCAGACAAGGAGCUGGCGUGCGCGAAGGAGCGGCAGGAGAUCGAGAUGGCGGCGCAGCGCGCCACGCUGCAGGAGCAGCGCACGCACAUCGACAUACUCGACACCGCGCUCACCAACGCGCAGGCCAACGUCGUGCGCCUCGAGGACGAGUGCCGGCACGCGGGCGGGUACGUGGAGCGCGUGCUGGGCCUGCAGCGCGCGCUGGGCUCGCUGCAGCAGGCCUCCGACCGGCGCGAGCACACGGAGCGCAAGCUGCGCGCGCAGCUGGAGACCGAGCUGCAGGCGCUUCGGUCGCGCGAGUGCGCGUGCGCGGGCGCCGCGGGGGCCGGCGCGUGCGGCGAGGCGGGCGCGGAGCCCGAGCUGCGGCGCGCGCUCCGCGAGCGGGACGAGCGCCUGCUGGCGCUGGAGGGCGAGUGCGCCAAGUGGGAGCAGCGCUACCUCGAGGAGGCGGCGCUGCGCCAGGCCGCCGUGUCCGCCGCCUCCAUACCCAAAGAUGCUAAAAUAGCUGCGCUCGAAAAGACGUCGGCUGAGUCGGAGAGGUUGAUGGCGGAGGCGCGCAGCGAGAAGAUUCGACACAUGGACGAGCUGCACUCUGCGCAAAAGAAAGUGGCCGACCUCGAGAGCAGAGUCAAGGAGCUCGAAUCGAAAGUGGCCGAGCGCGAUGCGAUGAUAAAGGUGCUACAGAAACACACGAGCGCGGCGUCCCUGCGAAACAACUCCAGUCGCGAAGAACUCGUGGGGCUGUCGUCGGGCGCGUCGUUCUCGUCGGCGGAGGGCGUGUCGGCGGGCGCGGCGGCCGUGGCGGGGCGCUACCGCCACCUCGCGCGCCGGAACUACUCGCCGCACAACGACAGCGCCAGCGGUUGCGGAUUCGACAGUUCGUCGCUCCGACUGGAGGAGCAGUUGGCGGCACUGGAGUCACGGCUGGAGCGGCCGCCCGUGCCCGCCCGAGGUCUGUGCUGCUUCCCCGGGCUCACGGCAGUGGGAGGUCGCGGGAACGGGCGCGGCGAGGAGGCAUUGUUGCUGGAGCGGCAGGGACGAGCCUCACAGCAAACGCGCUCCUCUAGUCUGCCGCCACCGCCCUCCGCCCUGCCGCGCCCUCCGCGUAAGCCCUCUGCCAGGAAUACAAGAUAUGACCGACUCGAACACAGAGAUGCUAGAAAGGACUCGGACGGAUCAGGUUCAAUAGCGUCUACAGCGUCACGUAGUUCCCCUUUACCGUAUGACACGGUCCGGAAGUUGCCUUCCGUGCCUACGUCGGCGUCCCUGCCAGCGGCGGAGUCCCGUGAGUCGCUGGUACGGCCGCGCGACUCGAGUCUCCCCUCACCUUCCAAGCUGGCGGUGUACGCUGCCGCCCGCCGUCGCUCAGCCGAAUCUGCUAAAGAUAACAAUAAAAGGACACACCAUUAUCGUAUACAAUUUUAAUAAAUAUAAAGAAUAUGAUUUUGAUUAAUAUAAAGCACAAUGAAAGAAUUUCAUGCACUUUAACUAUGUAUAAUGUUACUUACAAAUAUCAACACGCAUUUUCUAAUGAACUAUAUUUUAUAAUGAAACCGACAUUGCAGGCAAGUGAGUUAUAAAAGAUCGAAAACAAAAAAUAUAACAUAUAUGCACUGUGUAAGAUACGAUCCAAAAGAGGUAACUGAGGAUACGAGGAUACUCUGUGAUAAAUAUGAAUGGAAGACAAAUACUCUUCGCCGACCUUCGGGAUCAUAUCGACGGCUUAAAACGUAAUUAGUAUAAUUUUAAAUCGAAGUCAGAAUUUUCCUACUAAAGUCGAAGAAGUCGACCUUACAUGAGCACUCAUAAGUAUAUUUUAAUCGUCGUUAUGUUAUAAUUCAUACUAAAUAAAAAAGAAAUCAGUUUUUAAUGCGUAGAACAUUUCAAAUUAACAGUAUCUACCAGAUUUCACUUUGUCAUUUCAAAUAUCAAACGCAUACAUUUUAAUCAAGGAUGUCAAUAAUAGUGAGGCGUGUGAUGUUAUUUUAAUUGAAUAUUUAAUGAUUAUUGGU